UAUUCCUCAAAGAAAAAUACGUGCCUCUAACACAAGCCUUUCAUUCCCAUUCACAUUUUCUCUCUUUAUAUCCUCACAAAAAAGUACAUUUUUUUCAGCUACUCAUUUUUCAGCUUCUCUAUCUUUCUACUUCACUUAUUUUGCAUCCAUUCAAAAUUGCAUCCACUCAAAAGAACCAAAAACUGUGCUGUGCCUAUGAUGUCUGGUGUUCUUCUUUGGGUGAACUGUGGAACCAAAGAGAAUGCCAUUCCUUUGAUGGGUCUUGGAGGGAGAGGUGUGAGGAUUCAGAAGAGAUUUAGGCACUGUUCUGGGAUUAGUUUUGCUAGUUUUUCAAGUGCAGUUGUUGAGCCUACAAGAUCUUCAGAGGAGAGGGUGUAUGAAGUGGUGUUGAAACAAGCAGCACUAGUGAAGGAACAGAGAAAAGUUGUUAAGAAGAGAAGUUUGAAUUUGGAUACUAAGCCUAUUGAAGGUGAUUUCACCAAUGGAGAUCUUUUGAGUUCUGCUUAUGAUAGGUGUGGUGAUGUUUGUGCUGAGUAUGCCAAGACAUUUUAUCUAGGCACACAGUUGAUGACACAAGAGAGGAGAAAAGCUAUUUGGGCCAUUUAUGUGUGGUGCAGAAGAACGGAUGAGCUAGUGGAUGGCCCUAAUGCUUCACACAUAACACCAAAAGCCUUGGACAGAUGGGAACAAAGAUUAACAGAUGUUUUUGAAGGUCGUCCUUAUGAUAUGUAUGAUGCUGCACUUUCAGAUACUGUCACAAAGUACCCUGUUGAUAUACAGCCCUUUAAGGACAUGAUUGAAGGGAUGAGGCUGGACCUAAGAAAGUCAAGAUACAAUAACUUUGAUGAACUAUACCUUUAUUGCUACUAUGUUGCUGGGACAGUUGGUCUCAUGAGUGUUCCUGUAAUGGGAAUAGCACCACAAUCAAAAGCUUCAACAGAAAGCAUCUACAAUGCUGCAUUGGCUCUUGGCAUUGCUAACCAACUUACCAACAUUCUCAGAGACGUCGGAGAAGAUGCUAGAAGAGGAAGGGUGUAUCUUCCACAAGAUGAAUUAGCAAAAGCAGGCCUAACAGAUGACGACAUAUUCCGAGGCAGAGUAACCGACAAGUGGCGCAAUUUCAUGAAGGGACAAAUAAAGAGAGCAAGAAUGUUUUUUGAUGAGGCAGAGAAGGGAGUUUCAGAGCUUAGUUCUGCUAGCAGAUGGCCUGUUUGGGCAUCUUUGUUGCUGUAUAGGCAGAUUUUAGAUUCUAUUGAAGCAAAUGACUACAAUAACUUCACUAAAAGGGCUUAUGUAGGAAAAGCUAAAAAGCUUUUAUCACUACCUGUUGCUUUUGGAAUAGCAUUUUUUGGCCCACAAAAGUUAACUAAAAUGACUACAAAAUGAAUUAUAUUGUGCUACAAAAGUAUUGAGCUGUUCUGUUUGAUCUUGUAAAUGUAGUUCCCUAGAUAUUAGAAUGGUAACAAUUACUAUAAUGUAAUUUUUUUUAGCUUAUAUGUAUACAUCUCAAUCUCAAGCUAAGCAAUAUUGAAGAAGAAGUCAUUCAUUA